AUGGCCUCCGCGUGGUGCUGGAGCUGCCUCUCGCGGCUUCGCCCAACAACACCGCGAGCAAUCCUCCCGUCCGCAACUCCCCGGAUUUCCAGCGCCGGUUUCCACUCCACCGCAGUGCAAUAUGCCCAGCCAGCGAAGAAGAAGGGUGCCAGUCUGACCCCUAUGCGGUACCGACAGGGCCAGACAUUGCGGAGAAAGAAGAAGAAGACCACCGAGCGUUCGCGUCCCCCAGCUGUUGGAGAGCGCAAGGCUAUGCGGAAGCGCAUUGUCCUCAGCAACCCCAAUGCUUUGGAGGUUGAGGGCAUGCAGGAGCUCUCAGCUGAGACUAUGAUUGAUGCUCGUCUUCGUGGUUCUGUUCUUGGACUUCCUGUGCCUAUGCUGGAUCAAUUGAGAGCCGUAGAGGCUUUCAAGCCUAGACAGGGUUGGUCUAUAUUCCGUCGGCCGGGAACUAUCUUGCGUCGGGAUGCUCUGGAGAUGGGCCGUCUCUUUGAGAAAAUCUCUGGCGAUGGUGAUGCGCCUCAGAAGGGUAAGGUUGUCAAGAAGAUUAUUACUGGAUCCAAGGGAUCUGGUAAGACCGUGCACUUGCUGCAGGCUAUGGCUAUGGGAUUCACCAAGAAAUGGGUUGUGAUCACUGUUCCUGAGGCUCGAGAACUCGUCUCUGGUGACUUCGCCUACACUCCCAUCGAAGGCUCCAACCCGACCCAGUACAUCCAGCCCAGCGCCACCGCCGCCUUGUUGACCCGUACUGUCGAAGCCAACCGCGAAGUUCUGUCUGGUCUCCGUGUUUCCCAAGAGCACCCCGCGCUGAAGAACCUCAAGCCCACUUCCACCCUUGUGGAUUUGGCCAUGAUGGGAUACACCGAUGCCGCUCUCUCUUGGCCCGUUUUCCAGGCUCUGUGGAAGGAGCUCACCGCUACCGCCGCUGCCCCCGGCAUGGAGAAGAACUUCCAGCCCCGUCCCCCAAUGCUGGUUGCCGUUGACGGUCUUGCCCACUGGAUGGUUGAGAGCGCCUACCGCGCUACCGACUACACCCCGGUCCACGCCCACGACCUCGUCUUCGUCAAGCACUUCCUCUCGCUCCUGCAGCCUGGUGCCGCCCUCAAAAACGGCGGAAUGCUGCUGUACGCUACCUCCAAAUCCAACAACCCCUCAACCUACGCUCUUGAGGUAGGCCUGGAUCGCCUAGCUGCCCAACAAGAGGGCGUCAAGGCUUCCUCUCCCGAAUACCCCCAGCCAGAGGCAUACAGCAAGGCUGAUGUCCGUGUCCUGGACGUUUUCAAGCCCCAGACUACCUCCGGCCAGGAAGGCAUUCUCGAGCUGCAGACUCUCGGUGGUCUCACCCGCGAGGAAACCCGUGGUUACCUGGAGUACUUCGCCAAGAGCGGUCUGCUCCGUGAAACCGUCAACGAGAAAUGGGUCGGCGAGAAGUGGAGUCUCUCUGGUGGUGGCAUUAUCGGUGAGCUGGAGAAGCUCGGCCGUCGAGUCCGCACUGCUGCUGCUGUAGAGCCCACCGCGGUGUGA